AUUCUUUUUAUUAUAAUUGCGAUCUUUAAAGUACAUCAGUGAACUUAGCUAUUUAACAAAAUGUGUUUUAACAACUUUUUGCGUCAUCCGUUUCUAACAUACGCAUAACCUGUCGGAUCUGGCCCAAGGUUUCUAUCCUACUUGUCGGUUUAUAUUCAAAACAUUAUAUAUCCAGAUGCGGCAAUUAACUUUCGAGACUGAUACGUACGGUUUACGGUUUACGUAGGAAAUUAUGUCACGUACGCGCGCGAGCGCAUCGAUUAUACGAUGAACGACGUGAGGUUUGCAAAUUACCGACAAUGCAUAAUACCACAGUGGUAAAAGACUUUUAAUUUGUCCCCCCUCCCCCAAGUUUAAGUGAAAUAAUCAUAAGAUUCAUAAGAGCAGAUAUAUUCGACAAUAUAGUCGAAAUAACGUAAUCCUGCGAAGAGUGUCUGUUGAAUCGUACUAGCUCGCGAAAUGAUUUGUACCGAAUCGAUAUCAUACUCAUAUCAGGAUCAGUUGAAUGUUAAAUGUUAAGGAGCACAUUCAUUUCACCGAAUUCUUUCUCAUUUUUCACGGAACUCAUAGCAUCUCAAUCUAGCAGCAAUCUUGAUGCUUAUUACACAAUGAUAUAUUGUAUGUAUGAUUCCAUUCAAUUUUUAUUGACCAUUCCGUGGAGGUGGAAGUAAAUGUUUGAUUGAUAGCGUGCGAUCGCAACAUCCUAGGGUAUUAUAUGAAUAUCGAAACAUAUCGCCAAGGAGGUAUAUUAUUUCGGUUUGGUAUUGCAUAUCGGUAGUUGACCAGCACUCAGCACUCAGCACUCCACCCACGCCUGCGCUAAACGUGAAUUCGAAUAAAGCAAAACUCGUGGGGUAGCUUGACCCUUGGUCAUCCGUUAGAAGUUGGAACAGAGACAGUCUAGCCGGUGCCGUACAUCGCGAUACUAUGCUCUUUACGCAACAGUUGACGUCGUUACCAUGCCUUGCCAAAUACAAAAAGUCUCGGGCACCGAGCAAAGCCAUGGAGCGCUACGAACGUCUGGCGCGUCUCGGCGAGGGUAGCUACGGCGUUGUCUUCCAGUGUAAGGACCGGCAAACUGGAAAAUUGGUGGCUGUAAAGAAGUUUCAACAGACCGAGGAUGAUCCUUUAAUACGUAAAAUCGCACUACGGGAGAUACGUCUUUUAAAGAAUCUCAAGCAUCCGAACUUGGUCAAUCUUCUGGAAGUCUUCAGACGAAAGAGGAAAUUACAUUUAGUAUUCGAAUAUUGCGAAAACACUCUUCUAAACGAAAUGGAGAAGUAUCCUAGCGGUUGCCCGGAUCUCACAACGAGGCAAAUUACCUGGCAAAUUUUGCAAGGUAUCGCCUAUUGCCAUCGCUUUGGAUGCGUUCACAGAGAUGUGAAGCCAGAGAACAUCCUCCUCACCUCUGAAGGCGUGGUAAAAUUAUGCGACUUUGGAUUCGCGCGUAUGCUCAGUCCUGGGGAGAACUAUACGGAAUAUGUCGCAACCAGAUGGUACAGAGCACCUGAAUUGCUGGUCGGGGACACACAAUACGGCACUCCGGUCGAUGUAUGGGCAAUCGGUUGCGUGUUUGCUGAAUUAAUACGGGGCGAAGCCUUGUGGCCAGGAAAAUCCGAUGUAGAUCAGUUGUACUUAAUAAGAAGAACGCUGGGUGAUCUUUUACCGAGACAUAUGGCUAUCUUUCAACAAAACGAAUUCUUUGCCGGUAUCACUCUUCCAACUCCGCAAACACUUACACCCCUUGAAGAUGCUCUACCCCGUGGAAAUGGCAGUACUUUACAGCUGGAUUUCCUGAAGAAGUGUUUGGAUAAAGAUCCAAAUGAAAGGUGGACGUGCGAACAAUUGUUGCGGCAUUCUUAUUUCGUCAAUUUUCAUUUUAAAGUGCCGGAUGUCGAGGCAGAAGAGUUUGAGAAACUUAAAAAGUAUCGAGAACGUUCUAGGCAUACCAAUUAUAGUCAAAUGGUGUUACCUCAACUACCCAAGGCUGGUCCUUCUGUUCAUAGUCAAAGUGAAAAUCGGCCGAAGAGCUCCUCUAUACAUCAGCAAAAUUUUGACCAUCUACCUACCAUAAGAGGUUAAUUACGUUCCUCUGUGAUUGUACAUAUAUUUUCCUAAGCUUUUUGAGAAUACUCGUGUUAAUUUAUAGAAUUCUAUGAAAAUGAUUGUUAUUAUCUUCUCUUUUUAUUUGUAUUAGCAUAUUUUUUUCUAUAGAAUUUUCUUUAGAUUUUCAUUUAUACAUAGGAAAGAGUAAACGCGUGCAA